AUGAGAAAAGGGGUCUGCAGUUUGGUGGGCGCAGCCAUUUUCAUGGUUUCUGCAUGUUUCUUGUCGGAAGCACAUGACGACAAGCGUACGAGGAUGAGCCACAGUUGUUGUAACAUGUUCGAGGGAAGCUGGGUUUACGACGAUUCAUAUCCUCUGUAUAACUCCGCUGCCUGUCCCUUCAUUCGCGACGACUUCAACUGCGUUAAAUAUGGACGAACCAAUCUCCAAUACCUUAAGUACAGAUGGCAACCUAAUGAUUGUGACUUGCCCAGAUUUGAUGGAAGAGAUUUCUUGAGGAGAUUCAAGGGCAAGACAAUCAUGUUCAUUGGGGAUUCCAUAAGCUUAAAUUUCUAUGAAUCUCUUAAAUGUUUGCUCAACGCUGCAGUCUCCGGUGAGUCAAAGUCAAAAGUGGAGACAAGAAAAACCCACCACAACUAUCUAAAGGAUUAUGGAGUGGAAGUUAAAAUGUUUCACACUAAUUUCCUAGUAGACAUCGAAAGAAAGGACAUUGGACGUGUACUGAAGCUCCACUCCCUUAAAAAUGGCGAUGUAUGGAAGCAAGCAGACGUUCUGAUCUUUAACACUUGGCAGUGGUGGGGGAGGAGAGGGCAGGGACAGCCGUGGGACUAUAUUGAACAUGAUGGCAAGGUUGUAAAAGACAUGAACAGAGUUGCAGCUUUCAGUGCAGCUUUGGAUACCUGGGCAAAAUGGGUUGAAACUGAAGUGAAUCACACCAAAACCCAUGUAAUCUACCAAGGUGUAACUCCCUCACAUUACAAGGGAGCGGAGUGGGGCGAGCCGGGAGUGAGGAACUGUUUGAAAGAAACCAGGCCUAUAAAGGGUUCAACUUAUGCAGUUGGAUUGCCAGUGGGAGAAAAGAUUGUGAAACAAGCCCAGAACAGGAUGACCAAACCAUUUUACUUGCUGGACAUAACCAGACUUUCUGAGCUCAGAAAAGAUGGCCACCCUGCAAUUUACAGUGGAUUAAACACCAUGGACUGCACACACUGGUGCCUUGCUGGUGUUCCUGAUACCUGGGCUCAAAUUCUCUAUGCACAUUUGGUUUCAGGAAUAGGGAAUUGA